CAAGACGACGGUACCCUCUCCGAACAGGACUGAAAAGGGUUUUCAGAGAUAAUGGCUGUUCCGCCAACAUACGCUGACCUGGGCAAAUCUGCCAGGGAUGUUUUCACCAAGGGCUAUGGUUUUGGCCUCAUUAAACUGGAUCUGAAAACCAAGUCUGAAAAUGGACUGGCAUUUACCAGCACAGGAUCUGCCAACACAGAGACCAGUAAGGUGGCUGGCACCCUGGAGACCAAGUACAAGUGGGCGGAGCAUGGUCUGACCUUCACUGAGAAAUGGAACACAGACAACACACUGGGCACGGAGAUUACUCUGGAGGACCAGUUGGCCAAAGGGCUAAAGCUGACAUUUGACUCCUCGUUCUCUCCAAACACUGGGAAGAAGAGCGGGAAGAUUAAGUCGGGCUAUGUGAGGGAGCACAUUAACCUGGGCUGUGACGUGCAUUACGACAUUAACGGCACUGCUGUCCACGGUGCCAUGGUGGUGGGCUACGAGGGCUGGCUCGCGGGCUACCAGAUGACCUUUGAACCGGGGAAGAACCGCGUCACCCAGAGCAACUUCGCCGUGGGUUACAAGACCGACGAGUUCCAGCUCCACACCAAUGUGAACGAUGGCACUGAGUUUGGUGGAUCCAUUUACCAGAAGGUGAAUGACAAACUGGAGACGGCGGUCAACCUGGCCUGGACCGCUGGCAACAGUAACACUCGCUUUGGCAUCGCCGCCAAAUACCAGAUUGACUCUGAUGCUUCCUUCUCGGCCAAAGUGAACAACUCUAGUCUGGUUGGUCUGGGGUACACUCAGACCCUGAAGCCUGGAAUCAAGCUGACCCUCUCUGCUCUCCUGGACGGGAAGAACAUUAAUGCAGGAGGUCAUAAGAUGGGGCUUGGCCUGGAGUUUGAGGCAUAGAGCAGCCAUGGAUCACGCUAGACCAGCACUUCCAGUUCUUUUAUCCCAUAGCUUCCGUCACCACUUUGUGUUUCUCCUAGAUGUGGGCUGGCAGAGAUGAGGCAGUCAUGCUGCCCAUUCACAUUCCAGUUGAUUUCCCAAGUUUCAAAGACCUCAGAGUAUAAGUCACACAUUGGAAUCCAAAGCCUUGUUUUAGAAAAGGGAAUUCUGUUGAAUAGUACGUAACGAGCUCUACUAAAACAAA